UAACCGCCACCAAUUUUGGUUCUUGGCGUUGUCGUUGGUGAGAAUGAGAUCAUCUACCCGUCACACCUCUCCUUCUUCCCCAUAACUUUUCUUCCUUAUUCUCCAUUCACUAUUCUCAAUUUCAGAAUUACCCCCUUUUCCAGUUAUGCCAUGGAUCAACAACUCCUUUGGGUUUUACUGUUGUUGAAAUUGAGAAAACCGAUUUUGUAAUCAUUGCUUUGGAAUUAUUCUAAUGGCGGAUAAAGAGGGAGAGUAUGGAAGGAAUGAAGAGGUUGCUCCUUUGCUGGUUUCGGAAGCAACUGGUGCCUCAGGCUCUGGGACUGGGAUUGAAGAAGCAUCACCUGAUUUGUUGAAAAAUACGCCUUCCAACAUUGCUCGAUUGGAAGAUGUAAUUGAACAGUGUAAAGGUCGUCGGAAGUAUCAUAAGCAGACUCGAAGUCCUUCUGAUGGUGAAGAUGUAAGGUGGUACUUUUGUAAGGUUCCUUUGGUCGAUGAUGAGUUAGCUGCUUCUUUCCCUCCAACUGAGAUAAUUGGGAAAGGUGACUAUUUUCGGUUUGGUAUGAGGGAUUCUCUUGCAAUUGAGGCAUCUUUUUUGCAGAGGGAGGAAGAGUUGCUGUCUUAUUGGUGGAAAGAGUAUGCUGAGUGUAGUGUAGGUCCAAAUGGACAUCCCAGUUCUAGCAAGAAGUUGGAUACACAACCAAAUGCAUCUUCUCCAAAGGGUCCUGAGUUAGCUGAAUCAUGUAAAGAAGAAGAAGAGAGAGUUGGGGUUCCUGUAAAGGGAGGGCUUUAUGAGGUAGACUUAUUGAGGAGGCACAGUUUCCCUGUUUAUUGGAGUGGAGAAAACCGACGUGUUCUAAGAGGCCAUUGGUUUGCUCGUAAAGGGGGACUUGAUUGGCUCCCGCUUCGUGAAGAUGUUUCUGAGCAAUUGGAGGUUGCAUACCGAAGUCAGGUUUGGCACCGUAGAACUUUUCAACCCUCAGGACUUUUUGCAGCUCGAAUUGAUCUGCAAGGCUCUACUCCGGGACUACAUGCACUUUUUCUUGGAGAAGAUGAUACUUGGGAGGCUUGGAUAAAUUUUGAUGUUUCUGGCUUUUCUAGCAUUAUUCCAUUAGGUGGAAACGGAGUCAAAUUAAGACGUGGAUACUCUAAAUCUGACUCACUAAAACCAACGCAGGAUGAUUUGCGUCAGCAAAAAGAAGAGGAAAUGGAUGAUUACUGCUCACAGGUUCCCGUUCGACACCUGGUGUUUAUGGUUCAUGGUAUUGGCCAGAGACUGGAGAAAUCUAAUUUGGUUGAUGAUGUUGGUAAUGUCAGACAAAUUACUGCAAUUCUUGCUGAGCAACACCUUACUUCCCACCAACGUGGCACUCAAAGAGUUCUUUAUAUACCAUGCCAGUGGAGAAAAGGUUUGAAACUUAGCGGCGAAAGUGCAGUUGACAAUAUUACAUUAGAUGGUGUAAGGGGAUUACGCGUGAUGCUGAGUGCAACUGUGCAUGAUGUAUUGUACUACAUGAGCCCCGUCUACUGUCAGGACAUUAUCAACUCGGUAUCCAAUCAGCUAAAUCGCUUAUAUUUGAAGUUUCUUAAGAGGAAUCCUGGCUAUAACGGGAAGGUUUCCAUAUACGGUCAUUCUUUGGGAAGCGUCCUCUCUUAUGACAUUCUUUGCCACCAGGAGAAUCUGACCUCCACAUUUCCUAUGGAUUGGAUAUUCAAGGAACAUGCUCAAGAUGAAAAAUCUUCAAAUGAUAUAAAUAGUAAAUCUGGAAUUGGUGAAAUCAAUGACAUGAUGGGGCAUGAAAAAUCUUCAAAUGAUAUGAAUAAUCAAUCUGGAAUUGGUGAAAUCAAUGAUACAGGUUCACAACAAGCUUUUUUGAUACACGAGGAAGAUAAAUUGGACAAAAAUAUUGAAGAUUUUUCUACUAUUAUGAGUCCCGUUACAUCCGAUCCUGAUGAGGUCACUGCAAUGACUUUUAACUCUAAACAACCAAGUGAUAAGGAAGGUGUCAACGAAUCAGUUGAUAGUUAUCAGGACAAGGUCCCUUAUGAAAGUGAUAUCUUAGAGACAAGCAUCAAUUGUGGAGUCCCCAGUGAUGAUUUAGGAACAGUAGCUGAAGAAUUAUGCGAAGAUACAAAUGAUAGAGACAAAAUAAUUGAAUUAUUGCGUAAAGAGAUUGACACUCUAAAGGUAAAAAUAGCAGAAUUGGAAUCACCAUGUGGUGGUGAAGAUAGGAGUCUAGAAUUACAGCAAGAGAACAAGGAGAUGCUUGAGACUUCAGUAAAUCCAGUAUCUGAGAAGCUGCCAGCUGAGCAUGAUGAUAUACCUGAGAGUUAUACCCCUUAUAUAAAAUACACGAAACUAGAAUUUAAGGUUGACACAUUUUUUGCAGUUGGGUCACCCCUGGGAGUCUUCCUUGCUGUGCGUAAUGUUCGAAUAGGGAUUGGAAAAGGGCAAGAGUACUGGGCGGAGGAGAAUAUCAAUGAAGAAAUGCCUGCCUGUCGGCAAAUGUUUAACGUUUUCCACCCUUUUGAUCCUGUGGCAUAUAGAAUAGAACCACUUGUGUGUAAAGAAUACGUUAGCAAACGACCUGUUAUUGUACCCUACCACAAAGGUGGAAGGAGGUUGUACAUUGGAUUUCAGGAAUUUUCUGAAAAUGUAGCUGCUCAGACACAAGCUUUUAUGGAUCAUCUCUACUAUAUAAGGGUUAAAGUUUUGACUAUUUGCCAGUCUCAAAAUGAUGAUAGAAUAGAAGAUGACGCUGAAACUUCGGAUGAAAAAGAGCCAUCUUAUGGUUCUCUUAUGAUGAAGAGAUUGACAGGAAGUGUGGAAGGGAGGAUUGAUUAUGUGCUUCAGGAUGAAACAUUUCGACAUCCAUAUUUAUCAGCCAUUGGAUCUCACACAAAGUACUGGAGGGAUUUCGAUACUGCUCUGUUCAUACUAAAACACUUGUAUCAUGAUAUACCCGAAUACCCCAACUCAUCGAAACAUUUUAAACUACACUGACUAAAUGAUAGUGGAUUAAAAGAAUGGAGGAGAAGCCAUUAAAGAACAUCAUACAAUGCCCGAAAACUUCGAAGAAGUUUUUGAAGAAGCGCUGCCAUAGAUGGAUCUUUCUGGUUGUCUGCUGAUUUAAAAUGCAAGAAGAACCAUUGUUUACAUUACAACUUGAAUCAUUUGCUAUUCCCUUGAGCAAAUUCUCCAGCAACUAAUUGCUCCGUCGUCUCAGGCCGAAAUAUUCCACUUGUUCCAACUUAUAAUAAGCCAAUCUGCAACUGGGGUUUGGACAUUAAGGAAAGUUACUGCCCCUUUGGAAUGGAGGAGAAAUUUUAUCUGAAGGUAGGUAGCUGUAAAGGUGUUAAGUGUUAAUAUUUAGGUACUCUGCCAUCUUUUCUGUGUAUGUAAAAGAAAUGUUUGAUGUGUAAUACUUAGGUGCUUACAUAUAAAAGCAUUGUUAGAAUAGUUGUUGAUUAUGUAAUUAACUGCACUGAUUAAUUUAAUGGAGCAAUGAUGUUAAUCUCAA